UGAAUAAUUCGACUUUGCCAAUACUAUGCAAUAUUUUCAGAUGUAUAAGUUGUUGAUGCCGGACGACGAUGCAAUCUAGAACACGAUUCAAUGAUGGCCGCCAACCCCACUUCAAAAUUCCCGGCUCCAAAAUCCCCCUCCCUAGUACAACCCGUCAAGUUCUUCGGGUAUUUCCAGAGCAUAUGGGCCCAUAAGUCUGUAGGGCGGAGGAAUAGGGCUAAAGCAACUUCGUCUGGCAAGCUACGACUGUAUCUUGCUCUCUACGCCCGCCUCAAAGAUCCUCAAACGUACCACUAUGCUCUUCAUAUAUCUCCGGAAGAAGAGACAAUUGACCCAGAAAUUUGCCAGACGACUAAGCACCACUGCAAGAACAUCCUCCAGUCAACAGGAGACACCAUUACGAUACCAUGGGUUUACGAGGCUGUAAAAGUCAAUCCUAACCACGAUAGUCGAAUUCUUGUUAGGAUACUACUUGGAGAAAUAACUCAAGCAGACCUAGCUGAGCGCUUGUUUGCAGAGGUCGAAGUUAUACAAGGUGAUCCAGACUUUAAUUGUAUCACGUGGGUUCACCAUGCUUUGCUUCGACUGCAUGAGGCCAGGGUAAUAGGAACAGCAGCUCUGUUUGAUUGGGAUAAUAUACAGAACACAUCGUUAGAGUAUGUUCAAAAGAAGAAACAGCAGGGAAGAUUUUCAACGCGCUGGGAAGGUGAUUCCUCUAGAGUAGCAACGUUUGAUAUGAUGUUGAACAGAGAAAUAACUCCAUAGCUAAUGCACUGGUUGGCCAC